AUGGUGGAUUUUGACGAUGGAUGGGGAAAUGAAAUGGAUGAUAAACAAUAUGUGAUGGCUUAUGAAAAUUUGGAAUUCGAGGUUUUUCGAAAAAUUGAUCGAGUGCUGGAAAAGGCGAAUUUGGCCGAGUUUCGACCGAAAUAUAAACAUCAGAAACAGCGGAAAAAUAGUGGAAGAAAGAAUGUGAGCAGAUUUUGGGAGGGAUUCGAAGACAUUUGAAAAUUCAGACUUUUACUUGCGAAAAUACAGACUUACCAUGAAAGUUUGAAGAUUUAGAGCCGAUAUAAAAAUAAGAAUUCUGAAAAUCUUGUCUUUGAUCUCAAAAAUCGAAAGAAAUUUUUUAAAUAAUUUUAAAUUUUUUUCAUACGUGAACUUUCAAAACCCUAUAUUUAUCUCAUUUUUCGUCCCAAACCUUUGCAUUUUCGCCUAGAAAUCUAAAAAUGUUCAUUUACUUUACGAACACUUUUUCUAACUAUGUAUAAAAAAUUAAUUAAUUAAGAGGGAGUCAGGAUUUCAAUUUCCUUUUUCGUUUUUUCUUGGAAGUUUUCUAGUUGAUCAAAAAAUGAAAAAAAAACAGGAAAAAUAGUGCAAAAAUAGAAUUUUCACUUCGCAAACAACAUUCAAAAGUUCAAAUUUUAAAUAACAAUUGAAAUGUUCAUCUUGAAUCCUCAAAAAAAAAUACCAUUUUUAUAGGACGAUGAAGAUUGGCGUAAUGCUAUUUAUAACUUACCCGAACUUCAUAAUAACGAAUCAUCAGACGAAAAUGAGGAACAAAAAUUGUUUUUCAAACCUCCACUUCAAGUUCAGCGAAAUACAUUUGUCAAAAAUCAAUUAUUGGAUUUCAAGUGGGAAAAUCGCGUAGAUUUGUCGAAAAUUUGUAUAAUGGGAUGUGGAGAAAUGUCGCUUGAACGGUUUUUGAUUGAAAAUUUAGCGAGUUUUGGUGUGAAAAUGGUAUUGAGUGUGGAUUUGGAUGAGAAAUCAUUGUCGAUUGGACAACAACUUUUUGAGUAUGUUAUAUUCAGCCUGGGGAAAUAGACAGGCGCCUAAAUUCGAUAUUCAAUUUUUCCAGAACUCGGCUAGCAGAACAAUCAGCUGUUCUAAAAGAGCAACAUGGAUUUCCAAUAUUAAUUCGAAGUUUUGUCGGAAAUAUUUUAGACCUGGAUUAUCGAUUUUCAAAUGCCGAUUGUAUUAUAAGUCUAGAAGUGUGAGUUUUUUUUUAUUUCUUGAGAAAAAUUAAGCGAAAAAUCUCAACCAACAAAGACUUUGACUCAAAAUUAUACCCAAAGUAUUCCCAGAAAAUCUAUAAUUAAUUUCAGAAUAGAACACAUGCCUCUAGCCUCCGCCAAACAAUUCAUCGAUCAAGUUUUGCGUCAUCUCCGCCCUCGAAUUUUCAUAUUUUCCACACCAAACAAUGAUUAUAACGAAGUUUUUGGCGACGAACCUGGCACUUUUCGACACGAUGAUCAUUAUUUUGAAAUGAAAAUCGACGAAUUUGCAGAGUAUCAUCGAGAAUUAUCAGAAGAAUUUCGAGAUUCUUAUGAAAUUCAAGGACCUCUUUAUAUUGGACAAAUAUUUUCGCGUGAAAAUGAGAAGAAAUUUGAGAAUUUGAAAGGGGCUACACAAGCUAUGGUUUGUAAAUUGAAGACGGAUUUGAUGGGAGAUGUUGAGCCCGGGAAUUUGGUUUAUCAAAGUGUGAGUUUUCUUCAAAUUUGCCAGCUGGAUUUUUUGAAACUGAAAUUUUCGAAUAUUAAUUUGCGCUUCAAAUAAACCUCAUAAGUUCUAACAAAAAAAUAAUAAAGACGAAAGUGUAUGUACUUAUAAAAUAACAAAAAAUCAAACCCUUUCUUUCAAAAUCUUGAGAAACUUCAAACAUCAAAAAUGUGACAAGUUUUGAUCGAAAACUCAAAACAAAGAAUAAUUUUUGAUUAAAAAAAAGUCCCAAAAUGUCGUAAAAUUCAAAAUUUUGUCCGGAAAUUCGCGAGGUUUCUGUGAGAAAAUCGCAUCAUUACAAAAUACAUUUGCAGAUCUAUUUAAAAUUCGGAAUUAUAUCAGACUUCAAAUGUAGAUUCUCAAAACUCUCCUUAAUCCUCUAAUUUCUCUAUUUUCUCAUAUUUCAGACCCAUCAAACAAUGGUUCCAAUCGGUAUGAAACCCGUAAUUUAUCGACUAAUCAAAAAAGCAUUUUUCGAAUUUCUCGAACAUUUUUCGUUUUGUCCAAUGGCUUUGUCAAAUGUUAAUGGAUUUUCGUAUUGGCGGAUUGAUAUUAAAAAUAUUUUGCAUCGAAUUCGAGCACCGGUUUCGUUUUUGACAAGUAUUAGUGAGAUUGAAGCCUUGUGAGUGGUUUUUUUUGGGCCUCUGUUUUUCAAAAGGUUUUCUGAAAUUCUCAUUUUCAGACAAAUCUGCCAAAAUCUAUCCCAUCACAAAAUUUCGAUUGAUAUCAAAGAAAACGAACAUCACUCGAUUAUUAUUCCAGAUUUCAUGAAAAAGGAAGAACUUCUGGAAAUGUUGAGUUAG